AAUUCUUAGACUGACUCUUCCAAAAAACUUAGUCCACUUCAUCCAUCAGUCAUGUCUUCUGAUCCUCGUUUUUUGCAUCUGAGACACGAUCCACGUUUCCGCCGACCGAAGAAACGUAAAUCUCAGAUUGUGCAAGACAAACGUUUCCAAGUCAAUUCCCGAACGCAUGAGGAGGAAGCAAAGGCCACAGAAGGGCCGACCGUGUCGAUAGCUGACUAUGCUCGCGGAAUCAUACUUAUGGAAUCAUCCGACGAGGAGGGAGAAGAGCGCGACCAUGUGUCUGUCGAUGUUCAUGAAAGCGAGGUCAACGAGGAAGAGGUCGAACCAUUUCAUUCAGAAACAGACAGAGGAGAAGCUCAGGAAGAAGUCCAGAAGACGCGCAGGCUAGCUGUUGUUAACAUGGACUGGGAUCACAUCCGUGCAGUACACCUCUUCAAGAUUUUUUCGUCGCUGGUCUCUUCCACUGCCCCACCCUCGUCUCAGUCAUCGACGGUGAACAUUGCUCGCGGAAGUAUUCUCAGUGUGCGUGUAUAUCCCAGCGAAUUCGGCAAGAAACGCAUAGAAAAAGAAGAGCAAGAAGGGCCUCCCAAAGAAGUAUUUAAAAAGCUACACGAAGACGAAGACGAAGUUAGCGAGAGAACGGUCUACGAGCCAGGGUCCGGGGAGGAUUAUGACGAGGACGCAUUGCGUGUGUAUCAGCUGGAACGACUGCGUUAUUAUUAUGCCAUAGUUGAAUGCGAUUCCGCGGAAACUGCUACCCAUAUAUUUAAUGAACUGGACGGCACCGAACUUGAGCGUUCCGCGAAUGUUUUCGAUCUCAGUUUGGUACCCGAUGACAUGACCUUCGAAGAGGACCCUAGGGAUGAGGCCACCGAGCUUCCCAAUGUACCAUAUCGCGCCAUCGAGUUUGCAACCGAUGCACUCCGUCACUCUAAGGUCAAACUUACGUGGGACGAGGAAGAUCCUGAACGGUCUCGUCUAACUCGGUGCGCUUUGACCAGGAAGGACAUUGAUGCCGCAGAUUUCAAAGCUUACAUUGCAUCAUCCUCGGAGUCAGAGGAUAAUUGUGAGGAUAGUAAUAGCAAGAUACCAAGGAAGGGCGAAAGGGAGCGAUUACGUGCACUGCUACUUGGGGGAAGCCAUGACGGCGUACCGGAGGGUUGGGAGGACGCCCAGGAAGCAGAGAAAGUUGGGGAAGCAGGGAGUGACGUAGACAUGGAAAUCACGUUUACACCUGGAUUAAGCACGGCGAAGGAUUGUAAAGACCAAACUACGCUGGAAAGGUACGAACAGAAGGUGCGAGAGAAACGCCGGCGGAGGAAGGAAGUGCGCAAGGCGGCUGCCUCUGAAGAUACAGCCAAAGUCGAUCCUCACACCGAGGUUGUGAAACCGAGGACGAAGAAAAAGAAGCGUAAUGACGACAAUAUACAUGAUGAUGGCUCGGAAGCCGAAGCGGACUUCUUAAUCGAUGUGAAAGACGACCGGUUCAAGGCGCUGCACGAAGAUCAUCAAUUCGCAAUUGAUCCUAGUAAUCCACAAUUUAAAAAGACUAAGGGUAUGUUAGCUCUUCUAGAAGAACGCUCGAAACGCCGCAGGGAUGAUUACCUCGAGAAAGGCGAUGUAUCGGCCAAGAACCUUGACACGAACGAUGGACGGAGCCUCCACAACCUAGCAGAACGUGUCAAAAGGAAAACCAAUCUUGCACGGGACAGCAGUGUCGGGAAGCGGCGAAAGCUGUAAGCACAAUACCUCAGUGGCAACUUGGUUCUCCUGUCAUAUAUCCGUAGGUUUGGUGGCGUACAUUUUGUUCAUGUCUACGUACUUGAGUCAAGUGAGUCGUAAGCCCCUUAAAAACAGUCUGAGACCCCUCGCUUUUGCUUGGAAAACUCACUGUCAUUUGAAUGCACGGGAAGCAUCAAGUCUCGUCUCAGGUCUCACAGCGCUCAGCCUGUCUCGUACUACCCCCAUUUUUGUUCCUAGGGCCAUGCUUUGCAGCGUCAUCAGAGUCAUUUCUCACAAAGAACGCCAUCACUCACGUUUUAAGCGUUGGCGCUCGUCUUUUCACGCAGGUGGACGGUGUAGCUUACCGGAGUCUCCCUAUCAAUGACA